AGCUGAAAAGUGAGAGUAUAAAUAUAAACACAGAACAGUAGAGAAUUGGUCGUCCAUUUCUGUCUUACACACACACGGAACGGAAGAACGCAGUGGCGAUGGGUACGAAACAAGACAUAGACGACCUUCCAAAGAACGCGGCAAACUACACAUCCUUAACACCUUUAUGGUUCUUAGAAAGAGCAGCUCAGGUUCAUCCAACUAGAAAAUCCAUCAUCCAUGGAUCCCGUCACUACACAUGGCGUCAGACUUAUCAACGCUGCCGUCGAUUCGCCUCCGCUCUUUCCAACCGUUCCAUUGCUCUCGGAAACACCGUAGCUGUUAUUGCACCCAAUAUUCCAGCUCUCUAUGAAGCUCAUUUUGGGAUUCCAAUGGCAGGGGCAGUGAUAAACCCUGUCAACAUUAGGCUAAAUGCAUCCACAAUUGCUUUUCUUCUUGGUCAUUGCACUGCAUCAGUUGUAAUUGUGGAUCAAGAGUUCUUUUCAUUGGCAGAAGAAGCAUUGAAAAUAUGGUCUGACAAAACCAAAACAUUUAAGUCUCCGAUUUUAAUUGUCAUUGGUGAUGAGAAUUGUGACCCUAAGUCACUUAGAUAUGCAUUGAGCAAAGGGGCAGUUGAAUAUGAGGACUUUCUUCGAAGUGGUGACCCUGAAUACAAUUGGAAGCCACCAGAGGAUGAGUGGCAGAGCAUUGCUUUGGGUUACACGUCUGGGACCACUGCUAGUCCGAAAGGUGUGGUUUUGCAUCACCGUGGAGCGUAUCUCAUGUCUCUUAGUGGUGCACUUAUUUGGGGAAUGAAUGAAGGAGCUGUAUAUCUUUGGACUCUACCCAUGUUUCAUUGCAAUGGUUGGUGCUAUACUUGGACACUUGCAGCUCUCUUUGGCACAAACAUAUGCCUCCGCCAGGUAUCAGCAAAAGCAGUAUAUGAAGCCAUUGUUAAGUACAAAGUGACUCAUUUUUGUGCAGCACCAGUGGUGCUUAACUCAAUAAUUAAUGCUCCGGCUGAGGAAACCAUACUUCCUCUACCUCAUGUUGUACAUGUGAAUACUGCUGGUGCUGCUCCUCCUCCUUCUGUUCUUUCCGGCAUGUCUGAACGAGGAUUUCGUGUCACACACACUUACGGUCUUUCAGAAACCUAUGGCCCAUCCGUCUAUUGUGCCUGGAAACCAGAGUGGGACUCACUUCCACCAGAAUCCCGUGCCCGGCUCCAUGCAAGACAAGGGGUUAAGUACAUUGCCUUGGAAGGCUUGGAUGUUGUGAACACAAAAACUAUGCAACCUGUACCUGCUGAUGGUAAAACUGUUGGCGAAAUCGUGAUGCGUGGUAAUGCUGUCAUGAAAGGCUACUUAAAGAACCCUAAAGCUAAUGAAGAGAGCUUUGCAAAUGGAUGGUAUCAUUCCGGUGAUCUUGCGGUGAAGCAUCCAGAUGGAUAUAUAGAAAUUAAAGACAGAUCAAAGGACAUCAUCAUCUCAGGUGCUGAAAAUAUCAGCAGUGUAGAGGUAGAGAAUGCUCUGUACUCGCAUCCUGCUAUACUUGAGACAUCAGUGGUCGCUAGACCAGACGAGAAAUGGGGCGAGUCUCCGUGUGCGUUUGUGACAUUAAAGCCAGGAGUGGAUAGGAGUAACGAGCAACGUCUAGUCGAGGACAUACUGAAGUUCUGUAGGGCCAAGAUGCCUACUUAUUGGGUACCGAAAUCGGUUGUCUUUGGACCGUUACCUAAGACAGCUACUGGGAAGGUACAGAAGCAUCUGCUGAGGGCUAAGGCAAAGGAGAUGGGACCUCUCAAGACGAGCAAGUUGUAAUCAUAUUAGAGUGAUAAUGUCGAUAAAAGCUACUUGUUCUUGCUGGUAUGUGAUGUGUUAUUAGAAUUUGUAAUAAUCAGUAAGAAUUAGUGUUCUAUAAUAAUAAAAGCUUUUAGCUGUUCUUAAAAGCAGCUCAAUGUUUUUAUCUCAUUAUGCAAUUUGGAUACUACCUUUCAGUUCACAGUAAUAUAUUUCAGAAAAUGCUCCUUGAUUGAUACAAAAA